GUAUCUUUUGAAAGAACAAGAACAAGAUCAAGAUCAAGAACAGCAACGAGAACGAGUCCAUGCCGUCGAGAAUGGCGCGAGAGGGAACCGAAACAGACCCCGGUCGCAGGGACCGCCGCAACAGCAACGGCAACAGAUGCAUUCGCAACCACGCCCACCACCGCAAGAAGAAGCAGAACCCAAGAAACCCCUCCAGCGAUGGGGAGCAAGUCGCAUUUUCGCCGUCACGAUUGGCAACGCCAGCGGCAGCAGCAGAAGAAGAAGCAGAAGAAGAAGAAGAAGCAGAAGUUGGUCCUGCCCCGUGUCCGAGAACGCCGUUGCAAGCACCAUGCGAAACGUCGUGGGAAGGACCACCACCACUACCACCACCUUCACGACGGCAGGAACCCAUCGAGAUCGUCCUCGACGGCCUUUGCGGCGAUCCAAGCCCCUUUGGAGAAGCACCGGUGCUCCGGGCCUUUCGGUCCGCCUCCCAGCUGUGCGUGGAGGGAAUCCCCGUCGACGUCGAAGCCGAAGCCGAAGCCGCAGACCGCGAAUGCGAAUGCGACUGCCAAGACGAUUGCCAAGACGGUUGCCAAGACCGGGACCGAGACGACCGCGAGCUCGAGCUCGAGCUCGAGCGGACCUUCCGCCACGGGUGGAUGGGGGUCGGGGGAAUUCUCGUGGUGGCGGUGGUCCUGGCGUCCUGCCUCCUGGCCUGGAGGGCAAGGGCGGCCCGGGGUGCCAACCACCGAGCGAUCCCGGCGUCUCCCUUGCCGGACAGCGACAUUCGUAGCGACAUUCGUAGCGACAAGGACAACGACAAGGGCAAGGACAUCGACAUCAACAACGACAUUGACGGCAAGCAAGACGAGGAACCAGACCGAGACGACCUUCCCCUGAUUCUCCCGCCCGGCCUGGAAUCCCUCGACGAGUACUACGAGGCCCUGCUCGAUACCAUCCUGGAGGAGGUGGCAGCCACCAACCGGCUCCUCGCGGGGGAGGGCACCAGCGGAGGCAAAAGCACAAGCAAAAGCACAAGCAAAAGCACAAGCAGCCCCGAUCCCGAACCCUUUCUCGAUCCCUACGCCUGGACGACCCCCGGGACGCCGCAGUUCGAGGCCCUCGAGUUUGUCGCCUACCGGGACGGGGGGAUUCCCGGCGGGGGCGGAGACGUGGGCUACUACUGCUACAGCUACAGCUGCCAAAGCACCGACAGCGACACCGGGUCCUUUGUUCCUCCCCCCCGCCACCUGCUGCUGCAGCGGCUGGCCCUCCUGGCCCUCUACCACUCCACGGGCGGGGGCUACUCCUGGGAGGAAACCAACACAAAGACAAACACAAAGACAACCACAACCCCCUCCCUUCCCUGGACGGCCCCCGGCGUCGACGAGUGCCUCUGGGAGGGGGUGUCCUGCGACGCACACUUUGGCGUGGUGGGCCUGGACCUCUCCCUCCGCGGCCUCGAAAGCAAGCUCCCGAACGAGCUCUGGGCCUGGCUGCCCUACCUGGAGGUCCUGGACCUCUCGGGGAACGACCUAAAAGGGGGCCUUCCGUUUCGGGUGCUGUGGCCGGGCAGAAGCAGCAAAAACACCCUUUCUCCAAGGCAACCACAACCACCACAAGAACAAGAACCAAAACAAGAACGGGAACCCUUUGUGCUCCCCUUCUUGUCGGUCCUCGACCUCUCGGGGAACGACCUGGAGGGGGGCCUUCCGAGGAGCCUCUCGGGGGGGCCGCCGCUGAGGGUCCUCGACCUCUCCGGCAACCGCCUCGGGGGGCCCCUCCCAGAAAUCCUCGGGCCCGUCCUGGAAGAGGUCUACCUCGGCUCCAACGCUUUCACCGGGGACCUCUCCGGCCUCCUCGGCGACAACGGAACCGGCAGCAGCGACAGCGACAGCAACAGCGACAGCGACAGCGAAACCAACACCGGCACCGCCCUCGCUAUCCCACUCUCGGUCCUGGACCUCUCCGACAACCUCCUCACCGGGAGCAUCCCAUGGGGGGUGGAAGCCUACCACCGCCUCACCGCCCUGGUUCUGGACAAGAACCACGGCCUCACCGGGACCGUCCCGGGAGCAUCCAUGGCAAGGGGGAACCGCCUCCUCAGGGAGGUCUCCAUCUCGGACUGCAACCUGCACGGGAGCGCAGGGGACCUCCUGGAAGACCUACUCUCCCUCCCUUACCUAGAGACCCUCGCCCUGGGGUCCAACCGACUCACCGGGACCCUUCCGGGCGGCCCCCCGGAACAAAGCCUUGGCAACGGCAGUAGCAAUGACACUAGCAAUGGCAGUGGCAAUGGCAGUGGCAGUGCCGCAAAGCCCCCCUCUUCCCUCAGGAGCCUGGCCCUCGGGAACAACGACCUGACCGGGACGAUCCCCGAGGGCCUGGUGGGGGCCUGGCUCACCUCCCUCGACCACCUGCGACUCUUUGGGAACGACCUGGAGGGAACCAUCCCGACAUGGGCCCUGUGGCGGCCCCUCGAGGGAAACAGCAACGGCUACGAAAGCGAAAAUGACAACGACAAAGAUAACGACGAACCCCAAAGGAUUCCCCUCCUCUCCUCCCUCUGGCUGCACGGGAACCCACGCCUGUCGGGAACCAUGCCCUGCCCGGGCACUCUUGCCACCGGAAAGAGCUACCAACAGCAACAGCAACAGCAACAGCAGCAUCACGAGAACGACUACGACUACGAGUUUGACUACAGCGCCGACUGCCUCGCGGGGGGGGAUCCCUUUUUCGCGGUACCGCCCAGGGUGGAGUGCCCCUGCUGCACCCGCUGUUACUGACCACAGAAAAAUCGACGAUUGGACGAUACUGUACCAUCGACGAUUUCAUUGACUGUUGCGUCUACGAUUGCGUGGACUGUUGCGUGGACUCUUGCGUGAGUAGAUCGACGAACGGGGCAGAAGCUCGGAACGCCGUUCUUUCCGGAGUCGAUUCGAGUCGUAACGCGAGCCGGUGCUGCUGCCGCGGCGGCGGCUGCCAGCCGCCCAUUCGAGGACGUUCCAGCCUCCCAUUGCGCACAAGAAGGUGGACGGAAACAUGCAAAUGCAAAUGCAAAUGCAAAUGCAAGUGCCCACUAGUAGGGACAACACGAAAGGCGGGCUGGCUGUCUCCUCCGGGAGGCAAGGGCACGAAUGCGUUGCGUUGCGUGCGCAGAAACAAGCACCGAGAGCAAGGCAAAGACAGCAUCGGGCCUCUUGUCCAUGGCCCAUCGGAACGAACGGUAUGGAUAGGAGUGGUGAAGUGGAGUGGAGUGGAGUGGCGUGGAAUAAUGAGUACAGUAAUUA